UUUGCAGGAGCCCGUGAAUAACAUCAUACGAAACAGGCGUGAGAGAACGUCCUCUCCUCCCUGCCUGCCUGCCGUAUGGUUGGCUACUGGGGGAGUAUCCCACCCCCACUCUCCUCUCACGGUCCCAAAGGUAAUUAUCGGAAUAGAGGGGAAUGCUUAGUAGGCUACUGGGCUAGAAGAGGGAGUCUAUAACGGACAUCCUGCAGUUAUCGUAAUUUCACACCUUAGAUAGAUAAUCGAUCAAUUCGAAACAGUGGAGUGUCGCUAUGCAAACGGGCUGUUUGCGUUUACGAACUGGAGUGUUAUGAUCUUAGCAGUUGGAGAAGCUCAGACGAUCACUUCAUUUUGCGCGCUCAUAGAUUUAAUGUACAUUUAUGCGCGCUUUACUUUCUAAUAAUUAUUGAUCGGUUAAACCGCCACCCUGAAGUUCAUUGUUGUUAUUUUGGCCGCCGGCAUGGUGGCCUUUAUCGGAGCGGUCAUCUGCAUCAUUGCUGCAGUUCACACCGGAUCAUCUUCGGCCGCCGUAGCUCAGCCACUGGCUGACAACCAGUCGCUUCUGUCUACGGACGCGGGUGUCCAGACUCUUGCCCCUGGGUCCGUGCCUGCGCGGGCCGGACCUGUGGACGCUCUCCACGGUCCUGAAGCCAACGGCGGGGAACCGGGGAGCGUGGAGGCACCGACCUUCUACACAGUCAGCGGUACUACCGGAGGUGGACCAGGAGGAGGGGAACAGGUGAUCUACAGCCGCCUCAUCUGCACUCCCAUCCCCGCCGGCGAGUGCAAACCCAAAAACUUUCAGCAACAAGCGGACGACCCUACGCUGUACGCAGGCGAGGAUUGGGGAUACCUGCGCACCACGGCCGACGAGCUGCGACAAACCGUGCUUCAGCAGAAGGACGAGAUUCUCACAGACCAACGGACCAUUCGCGAGCUGACGGGGAAGCUAACCGAAUGCGAGAGGGACAUGGUGGUCGCUGGCAACCCCGAGAGGAGCGCGGGCAUAUGGGGUGGCAAACGGGACGAAGAAGACCACAUCAUGGUGAGAGACGAGGCGCCAUCUGAAAUACUCGCUGCCCGCGCUGUCCAGGAGCUGGAACAAGCCAUCAAUCAGCUGAAGGGCCGCAUUGAAAAACUAGAGUCGGAGAUGGGACCUCAUCCUCACAAUCACACAGCCACAAGCCAGAAGCCCGCGCUCCCGACGAUCCUGGCCGGGAUCUCUAGCGCCCCCAGUGGCGGCCGUGCAGAGGACGCGCCGCUGCAGGUGGAGGACCUGGAAGGGGAGCUGGAGAAGAAGAUGCAGCUGCUGGAGAAGGAGCGGAAGGCCCUGCGCCAGGAGAGCAUCCGUCACAGAGAGCGCAUCGACCAGGGCAUCAGCAGCGUCCACCAGAGGGUUACAGGGCUGGAGCAAGGACACACAGACGCUGUGUUGGAGGGUUUCCAGCUGUCCUUCCCUGUGCAGAGCCCCAGCAGCACCAGCAGGGCGGCAGCGUACGCGCUGGUGACGUCUCCCGUGCCCACUCUGCACGCCCUGACCGUCUGCUUCUGGCUGCGCCCGCUGCACGGCCGCCUGGGCACCCCGCUCUCCUACGCUGUCCCCGGCCAGCCCAACGAACUGGUGCUGCUGCAGGGCAAGCACCAGCCACUGGAGCUCAUCGUCAACAACCAGGUGGCGCCGUUGCCUCUGAACGUCUCAGUGGGAAGCUGGCAGCACAUCUGUGUGAGCUGGCACAGGAAGGGGGGGCAAUGGAGAGUCUACCAGGGGGGCAAACUGCGUGGCGAGGGGCAAGGCGUGGCACCUGGACACUACAUCCGCCCCGGAGGCGUCCUCAUAUUGGGGCAAGAACAGGAUAUUGUCGGCGGUGGCUUUGAUGCCAGCCAGGCUCUAGAGGGCGAGAUGUCUCAGCUGAGCCUGUGGGACCGGACCCUGAGGCCGGCCGAGGUGUCAGCGCUCGCCCACUGCACCAAGGGCAUGCUGGGAAACGUAGUCCCCUGGAGGGAGCAGACCCUGGAGGUGUACGGUGGAGCCACCAGGGUGCCCGGGGAGCCCUGUGCCAACCAGCACGCCAGUGCCAAGCAGUGAGGGGGCAGGAGAGGUGCCAGCCACCAGACUGGCAUCAGGCUCAGGAAUGCCAGAGGAACUGGAAUGGGCAGAGCGUGGCGAGGGAGGCAAGGAUGUGAUGUCACGUCACAUCACGCCACGUCACGUCACGAAUGUCAAGAGGAGGGGGAGGGGGGUGUGCGGAGUGAUGGAUUUCACAAGCCAAUGCUUGUGUGAACCAAAACAAGUGUUUUCCUUUUGUCUUUGUUUAGCGUUUGCUUUCUUUGAUUGUGAACAUUGUUUGUGGUGCUUCGGUUGUUAACACUCUCUCUUGGUAUUCAUGUCGAUGCUCUUUAGUCUUAACAGACCUCCGCUCUGUCAUCCGUGGCGUCUCACAGACACCAACGCGCAGAUGAUUUGAUUUAUUUUUGUGGUUCGUUUAUGCGUCACUGGGAUUGUAAUUAUUUACAGAUUUACAGCUGUGUUGUUUUAUACGUUAUGCGUUCAAGCAGUCCAAGCAGCACAACCGUCUUUGGUGAUUAGUCAUGCUUGUUGCUGAGCACAAUUUUAUACAGUUGCCAUCGUAUAGGCUUUUUCUUUUCUUUUCUGAAAAGUGAUAUAUCUUGUGUUUUUUCUAACUUUAGAUAUAAGGCUGUAUAUAGUGAGGGAGGGGGCGCAUGCUCGUCAAAGUAAUCUAUCCGCCAAAUGCCUCGAACUGUGUUGAAAUUUGGCGAUUAAACCUUGGGAUUUAGAAACUGAUGAAGCGUGAAUGUGCCCUGGCAGUGCUACACAGCUACACUACGGCUCCCAGAGGCCAAUAACCCCUUAGCACAAACACUCAGAGAGAGAGAGAGAGGGAGAGAGAGACUCUUUAGAGAUGAACAGCCACUAAACGGUUUUCCUCGAGAUGAGCAGCCACUAAACAGGUUCCUCUUCAGAGGUGAGGAACUGCUAAAUGGGUUCCUCUUUAAUGACGAACAGCCACUAAGCGAGUUCCUCUUUAGAGAUGAAGUCACUAAACGGGUUCCUCUUUAGAGAUGAACAGCCCCUACAUGGGUUCCUCUUCAGAGGUGAGGAACUGCUAAAUGGGUUCCUCUUUAAUGACGAACAGCCACUAAACAGGUUCUCUUUAGAGAGUAACAGCCACUUAACGGGUUCCUCUUUAGAGAUGAACAGCCACUAAACGGGUUCCUCUUUGGAGAUGAACAGCCACUAAACGGGUUCCUCUUUAGAGAGUAACAGCCACUAAACGGGUUCCUCUUUGGAGAUGAACAGCCACUAAACGGGUUCCUCUUUAGAGAGUAACAGCCACUAAACGGGUUCCUCUUUAGAGAUGAACAGCCCCUACAUGGGUUCCUCUUCAGAGGUGAGGAACUGCUAAAUGGGUUCCUCUUUAAUGACGAACAGCCACUAAACAAGUUCUCUUUAGAGAGUAACAGCCACUAAACGGGUUCCUCUUUGGAGAUGAACAGCCACUAAACGGGUUCCUCUUUAGAGAGUAACAGCCACUAAAUGGGUUCCUCUCUAGAUGAACAGCCGCUGCCUCAGAACAGCCUCACAAACGGGUUCGAGGCCAGCAAGACAAGAAGCCAUAGCAGUAAACGAGAAGGCCAGUUUCAAAUAGCAAAAGCAGUUCUGUCGUCCCCAUCUGCAUUGUUUUUAACAAGGAGCACAACAUCAUACUGUACAUUCUCCUCAUGACACAAUUUGCCAUACCCAGUUUCAUUGGGCUAUUGUGUGUUUUGUUAUAAAUUAUAUUAUUAUUUGUUAUAAAUUAUAUUAUUUAUAAAUAUAAAUAUUGAACCUAAGUCCUUCCUUACCUCACACACUUAUAACCUGUUGGGUCCCUCAUUUCAGUGGAGCUACAGUGCUGGGACAGUAUGUUACUGUGUUGGGGACAGUGUUGGACAUAGCACUGUGUGUGUUGGGGACAGUGUGUUGGGGACAGUGUUGGACAUAGCACUGUGUGUGUUGGGGACAGUGUUGGACAUAGCACUGUGUGUGUUGGGGACAGUGUGUUGGACAGCACUGUGUGUGUUGGGGACAGUGUUGGACAUAGCACUGUGUGUGUUGGGGACAGUGUG